AUCGUAGAUCUAUUAUUCUAUUUUGUGGGUGCGGGUCAUUCAAAACAAAUACAAAGUUUAAACACACAAAAAAAGGAUGAUUAUUGUCAUGCAGAAGAGCAACCAUUGGAAGGUUUGGAAGGCUAUUGUGACGGAGAUGCCCCUAAUGAAAAGUGUCACAAUUUGGAGUACACGAGAUGUGGAAACUAUGGAGUUCAGAUUCGAACCGUGAUUGGACAACACGUAACUAAUUUGGUGCCAAAGACAUGUGAGUAAAACUGGAAUGAACCAAAUUGAUUCAAAUGCACCGCUGAUCAAUCUUUAAUUCUAAGGGGUCGUUUGGAAGUUGCGAUUGUUAAAUAGAUGUAUUGUUGAGAAUGCAUGUAUAAUAUUAUACAUGUAUUGUCGAAUUUGAUGCAUUGUAGAAUACAACGUUUGGUAUGUGUGAUUGUGUAUGUCGCAUCAGCUAAAAGUUGGGACAAAACAAUCUCAACUCAACUAUCUCAACAAUCACAACUAAAAGUUGAGAUAUAACAAUCACUCAAAAUGAGUGAUAGUUUCUGUCACAUCAUAGAAACAAUCCAUGUAUUGUUUCUGCUAAAAAAACAAAAAAACGAUGCAUUGUAAACAAUACAUGCAUAAUGACAAUCUCAACAAAACAAUCACAACUUCCAAACGACCCCUAAGUUAUCUUUCAUGGAUGGAUUGUGGUUUUCCUGAGUUUAAUCCGCUUCGGUUCAGACAGAUUAUUCCAUUCACUUGUUUAACUCUAUUAGUCUAUCCUGUUUUGCUCUUAACGCGGGAAUAUUUGGACGGCAAUGGAAUAUCCGGGCAUCAACGGUGACUCCAAGAGUUGACAAUUGGGCGAUUACCCCAUCAUUGUUUCUUCCCAAUACCCGGAAGAGAUGCCAGAUAUUGGAAUUCUUGAGUUUCCAAACCAUAAUACAAUUCAUAAUCAUAGACCUCAUUUUUUAAAUAACCUUAAAAGUAUUCAUCUUUGUUGAUUAAUUUGGUUUUGGUUAACCCUUUUCUUCACGGAUACAGAAAUCAGAUUACCACUAAUAAAACUAGCUCUGCAAAAGAUCAGCUUUCAACGCUCUGCUUUUCAACCUAGUCAAAAGCCCAACAAAAACAUCGCCAUCGCUUCGCCGCUGCUCUCUCCUUGUUCAAUAGCUUUUGAUCGAGUGAUUGUCAGUUUUUCCGCAGACGGAAUCCCGAUAUCCCCAGCGGAAACCCGCCGUUGACGGUGCAAUUGGUUUUCGGGAACCGUUUGGGGUUUUUUACUUUUAUCGAUUUCGUUCGAGUUGGGAAUACGAUGGAGUCGGGGCAGGGUACCGUUGUAUUCGGGUCGUGGAUCCGGAGACCGGAGAACGUGAAUUUGGUCGUUUUGGGGAAGUCGAGAACUAGUGGCGGCCACUAUUCUUCUUCCCCAUCUUUGCUCGAGAUCUUCUCCUUCGAUCACAACACCGCCUCUAUUUCUUCCUCUCCCUUGGCUACGUACGAGCUGGAAGAAGCAGAUGGCGAUUUAGUUUCGAUUGCGGUGCACCCCGCAGGAGAUGAUUUCGUGUGUUCCACUACCAAUGGUGGCUGCAAAUCAUUUGAGUUACAUGGCGAAGAAACAAACUUCAGGCUACUGGCCAAGGACUUGCCGGCUCUUCAAAGUGUUGGUCCUCAAAAAUGCCUGGCCUUUAGCGUGGAUGGUUCUAAAUUUGCCUCCGGUGGUGUGGAUGGACAUCUCAGGAUUUUGACUUGGCCAAGUUUUGGCAGCAUUCUUGAUGAACCAAGAGCACACAAAUCUUUCCAUGAUAUGGAUUUCAGCCUAGAUUCGGAAUACUUAGCUUCAACAUCUAUUGAUGGUUCUGGAAGAAUAUGGAAGACAGAGGAUGGUUCGGCUGUGGCUUCUUUGGCUCGAAGUGCUGAUGAAAAGAUCGAGUUAUGCCGAUUCUCCAAGGAUGGGACAAAACCCUUUCUGUUUUGUGCUGUUCAAAAAGGUGAUAAGGCUGUCACUUCAGUUUAUGAUAUAAGCACAUGGAAGAAAAUCGGCUUCAAGAGACUUCUUAAAAAGCCUGCUUCUAUUAUGUCUGUGAGCCUGGAUGGGAAAUAUCUUGCCCUGGGAAGCAAGGAUGGUGACGUAUGUGUAGCUGAAGUAAAGACGAUGGAAGUUAGCCAUUGGAGCAGGAGGCUGCACCUUGGUACAAACAUUACAUCUCUGGAGUUCUGUCCCAGCCAGAGGGUUGUGCUUACAACCUCGAAUCAGUGGGGUGCCGUUGUGACAAAGCUAACUGUUCCAGCAGAUUGGAAAGAGUGGCAAAUCUACGUGCUGUUACUGGGACUGUUCUUAGCAUCUGCCGUUGCAUUCUACAUUUUCUUCGAGAAUUCGGAUUCCUUUUGGAACUUCCCUCUUGGGCGGGAUCAACCUGGCAGAUCGAGGAUUCAACCCAUCUUUGUGGACACACAGUCCUCCCCUGAAGACCCAUUCGGGCCUGUAGAUUUGUGAUUCGCGGGUUCGCCCACCCUACAUGGUGCUUUUUAGCCUGUAGAGAACUCAGCAGCAGCUAAAUGGUGGAAAUAAAUAAGGGGGCUUUGGUAGUUUUUGUAACACGUUUUGACAUUGCCUCAUGAUUAGUUGAAGAAUUCUAACACGGCGGCGUGGUAGCUUUAGCUACAUCUGGUGUUUCGUUUUGGCAUUAAAUUAAUCCUUGACAGGGAGCAAGAAUUUCAGGAAAAUCCAGGAAUACUUUCAAAGCUGUAAUUAUUGUUAUAUGUGUUUCUAUCCAUUGAGCUCAGAUUAUUAUCACUAAUUAUAUAUAUUUUUUUUUAAAUUUGUAUCCGUCAGAGAUAGUCGUUGAGAUUAUUUCAUUUGCAUGAUCGGAUAAAUUCAAGAAUAGAAGAGGAUAGUUGAGUUAUUACUAUUAGCCAUAAAACUACAAAAGAUUUGUGGAUUGACCUCGAAACCAAGGUUUUUAAACCCAUAUUAGAGGUCAUAUUGUAAAAGUUAAUAAUACCCUUAAUAAUAGGGUAUUAUGUCAGUCGUCUCCUGCUGGUUGGAGUGGAAGAGGAAAGUAAAUAAUAAUAAUUCCAAUGAGUAACGAAAAUAUAUAUUGGAAUACAGAUAAUCUACUUGG